UGAUGUGUUUUGACUACAGUUACAAGGUUACAACCGAGGCGAGGUGCGGUGUAGUCAAAAUUAUUUUCCCCGUUUGCAAAUUAUUCUGUUAGCGGUAUUUGGUGUACCCUUUUUUUAUAUGCAACCCUGAAUAUUUGGCGGAUCUGACGAUGGCAUUGUCGAGAAUCGGCACAUUGGACAUGUUAAAUGCUUUAGUUCGCGUUUCACGAACAGCAUCUUUGGAAAUACAGUAUGCAACUCCAAUGGCAGUUCAUCGGAAGCAACAGGCUCUGCACGUGACAAGUGUACGUCAUUAUCCGGAUCCACCGAUACUCGAUUUACCGAACAACGUCUGCGACAUCUUCGCCAACGAGACCAGUCGCUUCACGCCGGAACGUGUGCGCGAUAUCGCCCUAUAUGCCGAGAAGAACAGCGGUGUAACUAUGUCCGCGGCCAAUUGCUCCGAUUUUCCCAAGAUCCGUGAUAACGGCCAUGUAGACUCGUAUGAUUGCUUCGGCGCCAUCAGUCUAAACGGCUCGAUGCAGAGCAAUGUGCCACAGCCCUUCUCGUCGCAUGGCAGGUCCAUGCAUCUGAAUAUGCCUGGUGGACAAUGGUCCCGUGACGAUAAAUACAUUGCGGAGGACAUGCAGCGCUCCCACUAUCGUAGACUGUCGUGUACCGCAACUAAUGCCUUCAUAACGAGUCCGCUUUUACGAACGACACUCUGGCCGAGCUAUAUCGCCAGAAUGAACUAUUCGACUGACGACUCUCAGGCGUCAAAGACCGUCAAAAAGGAUCAAGCGACACCACUGGCAAUCGCGAGCAUGUCAAAGCGGGAUAAAUUUCGCCUGAUAUUGAGGGAUUAUGGUGGCACUCUCCUUGCCUUUCACAUUACUAUCUCGCUGAUAAGUCUCGGUUGUUGUUACAUGAUUGUCAUUAGUGGAAUCGAUGUGAUGCCUUUCAUGCAGAAGUGGACAGGUGGGAACGAGCAAAUCGAUAAAAUGCUGAAAACCUCAACGGAUUUUGUAAUAGCGUACAGUAUUCAUAAACUACUUGCACCUGUUCGAAUAUCGAUAUCCCUGACUGUGACUCCAAUAAUAGUAAAACAUCUGAGGAGAAUAGGUUUGCUCAAGAUGCCGAAGGUAAAACCAUCUUCGUAAAGGUCUAUAUAAUAAUUAUUUCUUUUUUUUAAAUAUCUUUUGUAUAUUAAAGUAUAUAUACCAUAUUGUAUUUCGAUGAGAGAUGACAUGUAUAACGAUAAAACACUGUAAAAAUUGCUAUGAAAAGAAAUUUAUAUCGAUUCGUAUAUUAUGCAUAAAUUUGAAUAAUAUAGGAUCUUGUUGCUGGAUUAGAUUGAGAUAAGCAAAACUCUGUUAUCUUCUUCUGUAUAAUUUGUUAAGCUUCAAUUUUUUAAUAUAAUUAUAGAAGGUGUAGGCACAUAAUUAUAAUCGAAUGUUUCCACAUAAUCUUUUGUAAAAAAAAUUAUCUGUAAAUAAACUGUUAAGGCAAAUCAAAUUAAAAUUUGCACACAUGCACACAUA